AUGAGUGGUAGAGCUCGAAGGGUCAAUAAGCGACCCUUGCCGCUCACACUGGGUCCUGUGGCUCCAACGGUUGCUCGUGCAUCCAGUAAUCAGGAAUCCGUAGGCAACGCUAACGUUCUCGGCAGUGGGUACAAAACUACAGUUGCGGAUGCUUACAGAAACAUUUUGGCCAAGCUACGGCUACAUCUACCAGAAGAAGUUGUUUUCUCUGAUCCUCUUCGAAAAUGUUUUCGCUCACAUGUUGACCUCAGCGGCUGGCUAGUCACCGAUGACUCGCUUCAGCAGCUUCAGUUUCACUAUGAUCACUUAAAGCAUUUCGUCAAGUCGUCCUUUCAUACCCUCACGUUAGAUGGAACUGCUCAUAUCACUAAGCGGGGACUUAACAUUAUCUUGGAAGCAGCUCAAGCAAAUGGGGAUACACUUCGUGUCCUUCGUCUUAAAGAUUGUCAGCUGCUGUCAUUCAGUGGCGGACAGCUCCUGGACAGCAACAAUUUGCCUCAAUUUUUGACAGAAUUGGACGUGUCUUCUUGUGAAUGGGUCAAUGACAACUUCUUACGCAUUUUGUCUCGUCAUUGCUCCUCUUUAACAAAAUUAACACUUGCACGCUGCCGACGUGUGACGGACUAUGGCAUUGCAUUGUUCAGCGAAAGUGAGGUGGUAUCUCUGACCGUUUUGGAUAUAAGUUUCUGCCCAAAACUGACCGAAGUUGCACUGCUCGCUUUGCUUGGGGGGUCAUCCUCGUCAAUGGCAGUACCAAGUGGUCCACCUGUAACUUCAUCAUCAACUUCGGCUCGACUUCGCGAUUUGAAUGCCGCUGGAUUGUCGUUGGUCGACGGUCUUACAUUCAUUGGUUUGCGUAAAUGCAGUGCUUUGCACCUUGAGACUUUGAACUUAUCUCACUGCUCCGGGCUACGAGCCGCUGCUUUGCAGCAUCUAGGUCGAAUACAUGCGUUGACAUAUAUUAUUAAGCUGGAUCUUUCACAUUGUAUUCUAGUAAACGAUCAAAUUCUCACUGCACUGGCCGAGGUGUGUACGCAGCUUACAACACUUCUGCUUGCAUAUUGCACAAGCAUCACUGAUUAUGGGAUUCAACGGCUCGUGGGCGACAUUGUGGUGGCUCAUGCUGAUCAACCUGACCAAUUUGAGAUUCUAUGCGACUUGGGCGGUGAAGAUACAGCAAAAAAAAGCCGAAAGAAUGGUUGUUGGCUUUUAGAAGUUCUGGAUAUCACAGGCUGCUCUCAAGUUACAAGUCGAGGGAUCGUAGCCCUUGCAGCACGCUGUCCACUGCUUCGAUCGGUCACACUUGACGGCGUGCGAAGACUCGACCAAUCCGGUGUACGUGCUUUGCUUGACGGGUGCUCGGAGCUGCACACUGUACGAUGGAGAAGUACUCUUGUACGAAACAGACCCAGCGAAGUCUAUGCCCCAAAGACUUGUGCUGCAUUCUUAUCUAUUCCUCAUCUUAGUGAAGCAAGUCUUACGGCAUUGGCUUGCAGUAGACUAAAGGUAUUGCACAUUGGCAGAACACAAUGCGACACAAAUGCACUAGCUAUCGCCUUACUCAGGAUGAGGACUUCUCCAUCGUUUGUUAAUACGCUGACCGAUCUGGACGUUACAUCACUUGGGACUGACGCACUGUGCGUGGCGUUAGGUAAAUGCUGCACUAACUUGCGCAAAAUUUGUCUAAGUCGCUCGCGAUACUUUUCGGCUACAAGUUUUUUUGAAAUUCUACGAGGCUGCUCUAGACUACGUGUUAUUGAUAUCGAAAGCUGUGAGCAGAUUGGUGACGAAACCAUGACAGCACUGAGUAAAGCGCCAUGCUGCUCGCAUUUAGAGACGCUUAUUUUAGCAAAUGAUUGGCAGCUUACUGACACUGGGGUUGCGAAGUUGCUGCGGCCUGCAACAAGUCUCAUUCGCCUUGAUGUGCGUCGCUGCCCAGAAAUUUCUUUAUCAGUACUGCAGGCUAUGGCUACAGCACGUGGACAUAUCAGCGAGGCCACACGCGAUGGCUUAUCUCCGCGACAUCCUAAUGUCAUUGCAUUCUUGUGUCGUGAGCAUAAACGUCAAAAGGCAGCACGGAAAAUACUUCGCUGGCUGCGCUACAGAUUGGAUGCCUGCUUUAGUUCAACAUCUUUUUUAGAAUGUGCAUUGGUAUAUUUUCGGCGACAAAAGAGUGCAGUAGUUCGUGUACAGCGUUGGUAUCGACGAAUUGCUGCCCAAAAGUUGCAGUGUCGGCUAAUAGCUGAAGCUCAUUGCCUUCGAGCUGAGCGAUGCAACCUAAAUUGGGCGUGGAUCCGAGCCCUUUGCACAUUAAGUCGUCGGUUGCGAGUAUUUGUUCGCAUCUUUGUGGCUGCUCGCGAGAGUGCUGCAAUCCAAAUUGCUAAGCAGCUUCAAAUACAACGUAAUCACGCAGCAACUGUGAUCCAGCGAUUCACUCGCGGAUGGCUGGGUCGACGAAGAGCUAUAGAAAAACGACACGAACAAGAGGUGCACUAUCAACGACAAGCAAGGGCUGCCACAGCUGUACAACGGACUUUUCGACGGUAUCGAUCACAGAAACUCACGGCACAAUUGAGAGGAGAGAGUAACAAACUGAUGCAGAGUGCUAUGCAACUGCAUUGUACGUGUUUCGUAGCUGGACAGCACAUACAGCGGAUAGUACGAGGUUUUCUUGGGCGACAAAAUGCGAAAUGCUGUAAAGUGGCUGCGAAUGAGGUGCUUUUAGUAAGGAACGAUCGAUGUAAGCAAAUUCAACGAGCUUUUCGAGCUUACAUGGCAAGAGUUGGGUUCCACAAUAUGAUGCUUUAUGGAGCCGUGGCGCUGCAGAAAAUUUAUCGUGGAUAUUGCGGUCGGUGUCUUGCACGCGUGUUUGUGCUUUAUCAUGCCUACGCGUCCAGUCCGCGAAUUCUUAUCUUAACAAAGUACUCUAUUUACACACGCAAAUUUGCGAUUGCUUGGGCGCGCAAGCGUGAUGCUGCUUUGGUUGUUGCGAUUAUGAUACAGAAGAGGUAUCGAGGAUUUUGUGGGCGACGUGAGGCACGUUAUGUUUUGGAAUGUAAACGGCAGCGUUGCCGUCUUAAAGAUACUUGCGCACGAAUAAUCCAGCAUUUUUUUCGCAGUAUAGUCAUUCUCGUGCAAAUUGCUAGGUUUCGAUCCCUCUUGCGUCUGCGACGAUCGAGUGCGACCAAAAUUCAAGCAACAUGGUGGAUGUGGCUCGGUAAGGUAGUGGCAUCAGCACAGAGGUUGCGACUCAGUCGCCACAGACAGCAUACCGCUAUAAUGGAUGCGAUUGGGGCACAGCAGCAGAACCGUCGACUGUUCCUUCAGCUGGGUGCUAUGCACUUAAUUGUAUCGCACUACCAUGCAUCAUUGGCUGCACGAGGUUGGCAGUCAUCAAUGCGCAUCAGCUUACUCCAUCGCUCAGCAACUAAGAUACAGGCACUUGUUCGUGGUCAUAUUGGUCGAAUCUAUGCGUACUGGUUUUGCUAUGAGCUUGCUCGAGCAGCGUCCAAAAUACAGCGUGUAUGGCGAGGCAAACAAGGUAAGAAGAUGUGGCGUCUUUUAGUAGAUGAGCGUCAUAAGCUUCAUCAGCUACAAAUAAAUAAUGAUCGGGCGGCUUGGUUUACAAAAAAGCGAAUAGCGCAACAUGCGCUAUUUGCAUCUGAGCGUGAAGCGCAGUACGCCGUUGUACUACAGCGCUGGUUUCGUACACUGGAGAAAAGGCACAUUUUUCUCAGUAUCCGUGAUCAUCAAAAUCGGGAAUUUCACAAUCGUGCCACGACCCGGAUGACCGAGCUUUCAGAUAAAUUGACAGGAAGUAUAACAUGCCAGGCUCAAGUGUGGCGCAAGUGCCUGGAACGAAAGCCAGAGCUUGUAGGAAUGAAAGAAGAAAAGUGUGUUGCGCUAGAAAAGGAAAUAGAAAAACUGAAAGCGACGUGCAUUGAGGCAAAUAUUGGCUCAGCCCAGGCGUCCCGAGAAUUAACAGAAUUAUUGAAACGCAAGCACCAUGUUGAGCAUUCUUGUGCACGCAGACAGAGAGCCUCAAAAGAAGUUAAGCAGCAUAUUCAGCUGUUUACGAUGCGUGCUAAAGAACUUACGAUUGAAAGCGCGCAUGCGUCAAAUUCCAGUCACCAACUUCAAAGAGAGCUGCAUCGUUUAAACUUGAAGCUUCAGGAAUUUCACGCCAAUUUACAGAACUGCUUGUCCUUUGAACCUUUGCUAAUGAGUAACGAUGUGGAAUUACUUUUGAAUAUACUGAAUGGCGAUGAUUGA